AUGGAAAGCGACUUGAAGGAAGAACUAAAUAGAAGAAUGAGAGCAGCAUGGGCAGCAUUCGCAGCCGUCAGGGAAGCGUCAGGACCAAGAUCUUCGUGCCCAUCUGUUCGACUCGACAGUUUUUCCAGCGCUCUGUACGCAGCGGAGACGUCGGCAGACACCGCUUCCACGUCUAGGAAGCUACUUACUACCCACAGAGCCCUUGAAAGAUGUCUUCUGAAGUUUAACCGGCGCACACAACACCUAGCCGGUUUUCGUAGCUCCGACUUAAGAGGGAUGUCCCGUCUUCGCGAUCCAGCGGAAUAUGUAUCGAAAACAAAACAUAGAUGGGCCGGUCACAUCAUGAGAAGAAUCGACGAUAGAUGGACUAAAAGAACGCUAGAGUGGAUCCCAAGGGACGCUAAACGCCACCGAGGGAGACCGCCAACGAGAUGGGGUGAUGUGUUCGUUACACGGAUGGACCAGCUGAGAGCUUAG